CUGUUCCACCCACAUUGCGGUGUCGUUUCCUGGUGGUGGAAGCAGGACUCAAGCCAGCCAGCUGACGUUAUCCAAACGCUGUAAACAAAAGUUAACUUAACGGUGCGGACUCAACGACACUUUCAGCGAAAAGACAUGCAUAUCAAGACAGGUACAUGGGAAGCUAGCAACACUGUGUGUGACUCAGAUUCCCUGUGUGACCCAGCAGUUCUUGUUUCAAGCACCAACUCAGAGCCGCACAUUCGAAACAGACGUCUGUCUCCCGGCUCUGGUAACUGUGGUGGCGGCGGGGGUGGAGGCUGCGUCUCUGGAGGGGAGCAACAGUCCCGGCAGCUCUCGCCUGAAUCGGACCUGAUCGGACCGGGCCACACGCACACCUUCAGUUACCGCCGGGAAAAGGAACGCAAGGGCCAGCAGCACAAAGGCCGAAGCGUUCGCAGGGAAAGCCAGAAGGGGCUCAACGGCCCCCCAAAGGUGAAUCAGAAAGAUAGGUGGGUAGGGGACAGUCUGUCACUGCUCAAGCCCCCGCCUGCCUUCCCAGUGCAGGACAGCCCCGCCAAGCUGCAGCCGGCUGUCAGCUACGCCUCCAAGGUGAAGGCGAAAACACCAAGCGGCAUUCUGGAGGAGGACCGUCCCGCCAUUGGUGUUCUGCUACAGAACCAAUGGGGUCUCAGUUUCAUCAGCGAGACGAGACCCGUGUCAGAGGGCUCCAACCAUCCCACCACCGACUCCCCCCCACAUCAACCCACAGACACACAAGCACCAGUAGACCCACCGCUUGACACACUUGUCACAGGGCAGCCCCCUUUCGCUACCUCCACUGCCCCACCUUCACAACCUGACAUAGAUGUGAACAACGGGGAGCUGCUGCUUAGUUGUCGCCAUCUAAUGGAGGCUUUAAACUUUCACAAUAGAGAAUGGAAUGCAAUCUGCAACAAACAGAAAAAAGAUCCAAAAAGGGUUGUGUGGUACAAGGACUUCCGGGAGCAUCCAGCAUAGCGGCAUGAGGAAAUCCAAAGCGUAUAUAAACCCACACACACACACACACACAACACAUCUCCAUGCACAUUAAGACAAAUAACGACGGACAAUUCUUUGAGUCCCCUUUCAAACACUGCACUCAGGAUGAUGUCUUCAUGCAAAGCCACACAGACACUUUGGACUAACUCCUUUGAGAUCUUACAGUUUUGUUUUGUUUUUUUUUAAUCGCCUUAUAUUAACAAGUCUGCCUUAAGUAAUCAGACCGUUGUUCCAUCACCUAAUAAAUUUUAGCUUGUAUGUGUAGAGCGGGGUUUUUUUUUUUUUUUUUUUUUUUAAUAUAUAAAUCUUUGAGAAGCUGUACAUGACUUU